AUGCGUAAGGAGAAGAAGAAAGAGGAGACUGAAACGGAGCGAAUGGUACGGCUGAACCGGCAGCGCAAUGACAUUGACUGGGCUGGACUGUACAACUCCGAUAAGCUGUCGUCCUUGAGGGUGGACGAGCUAUCCUUGCACUUUUCCCAUCACAAGAUCACCUUCAAAGGAAAGAAAGCUGAAAAGGUCGCAAUGAUCAACGCGCACAUUGGCAGCUUGCUGUACAAUUCAAUGGAGCGUCAACAACCUUGGCAGCCCCCCGCUAAGAAAUGUGAGGCAACAAGUGACCUCAUCACUUUCCGAGGUCGAAGCUGACUCGCAAAGUAAUGUAGUACAUCGAGUUGUCGGUUCAAGCCCGAGUAGCUUAAGUGAAGAAUCCUCACCGGAGACUGAUUUUAUACCAGAACCCCGCGCGGAAAUAUCAAGAUAUGGGCGAAAGCGGACACGGGUCGAGAGAGACAAUUAUGUUAGUUGGGAGAAGAUAGUUUUUUGA